CAGUCGACGCAUGCGCGGCCCGCGGGCUUAAGGGCGGCUGCAGCCCGGCGCAUUCCAGUCGGCCUGUCAGCCGGCUUUGGGGUGCGGCCUGACGGCUGCGCGGCGACUGCGGCCAUGGCAGCAGAGGAGGAGGAGAUGGACUCCGCGGAUGCCUGUGAGAGGUCUGGAUGGCUAACUGGUUGGCUUCCCACAUGGUGCCCUACAUCGACAUCACACCUUAAAGAAGCUGAAGAGAAAAUUUUAAAAUGUGUCCCCUGCAUAUACAAAAAAGGACCUGUUCGUAUAUCUAAUGGAAAUAAAAUAUGGACACUGAAGCUCUCUCAUAAUAUUUCAAAUAAGACUCCCCUUGUCCUCCUUCAUGGUUUUGGAGGAGGUCUCGGACUUUGGGCACUGAAUUUUGGAGAUCUUUGCACCAAUAGACCCGUCUAUGCUUUUGACCUGCUGGGCUUUGGACGAAGUAGUAGACCCAGAUUUGACACUGAUGCAGAAGAAGUGGAGAAUCAGUUUGUGGAAUCCAUUGAAGAGUGGAGAUGUGCCUUAGGAUUGGACAAAGUGAUCUUGCUGGGACACAACCUGGGUGGGUUCCUAGCUGCUGCUUACUCACUGAAGUACCCCUCAAGGGUUAGUCAUCUCAUUUUAGUUGAACCUUGGGGUUUUCCUGAGCGACCAGACCUUGCUGAUCAAGAGAGACCAAUUCCAGUUUGGAUCAGAGCCUUGGGAGCAGCAUUGACUCCCUUCAACCCUUUAGCUGGUCUCAGGAUUGCAGGACCCUUUGGUUUAAGUCUAGUACAGCGUUUAAGGCCUGAUUUCAAACGCAAGUAUUCUUCAAUGUUUGAAGAUGAUACUGUGACAGAAUAUAUCUACCACUGUAAUGUUCAGACUCCCAGUGGUGAGACUGCAUUCAAAAAUAUGACUAUCCCUUAUGGAUGGGCAAAAAGGCCAAUGCUCCAUCGGAUUGGUAAAAUGAACCCUGACAUUCCAGUUUCGGUGAUCUACGGCGCCCGAUCCUGCAUAGAUGGCAAUUCUGGCACCAGCAUCCAGUCAUUACGACCACAUUCAUACGUGAAGACAAUAGCCAUUCUUGGAGCAGGACAUUAUGUGUAUGCAGAUCAACCAGAAGACUUCAACCUAAAAGUAAAGGAGAUCUGUGACACUGUGGACUGAGUGCAAUGCAGAUGACAUAGGAAGCCCGAUGGCUGAUCCAGUUCCUCAGCAAUAAUCCUCAGUCUGCGGUGAAGAGUAAGGAAUCCAACAUGAGAACCAGGCACUCUUCCUGCCUGUACUUUGCACAUAUUUUCUUUAUGAAGCUACUCACACAUUUAAACCAGUUGGUGCCUUCUAGACGAUUGGCUUUCCUUUCUCCUACACAAAAUCAAAAUAUACAAGACCCUCCAAAUCUAAUAGCUUUAAUAAAAGGUUAUUUGUCCCUCUGCUGUACUGAAAAAUUGUAAUUUUUCAACUGAGAAUUUAAAAAAAUUUCUAUCUGACUUUGUCAGGUACUUUUUAUAUUGCAGUCUGUAUUGCCAAUUUUAAAAAGUGAUUGCUGGGCUUAUUAUUUUAUAUACUGUAAAGGUGCACUUUAUUUUCCUUGCUUAUAUCUAGCAUUGCUAAUAACUGAUUUAAUCAAAGUCAGUGUGUUUUUAUGUAAAAAUUUGUCAUGUUUUUAGGAUACUUCAUUUUUGAAAUGGGAUGAUGAAACUGGUUUUGGUUAAAAAGAUGGGAGUUGAUUUCUAGCAUUGAUUUUUCUGAUUUUUUUCUGUUCUCAAGGCUGCAAAGCCAUGUUAAGUAUUUUAAAUAUUAUCCAUCCUGACAUAACUGUAGUUUCUAACUACUUGGAAUCUUCUAUGUGUGCUCUAUUCUGUACUUCCAGGGAAACGUGACAUUAAUACUUAAGUGAUUCAAGUACUGAAAAGCCUUAAAAGUCUGUCCUUUUCUCCCCUGUUAAUACUGUUCUUCUUUUCCAUGAGCCAGGAUGAGCAAAAGACACAGAUUUCCUCACUGAGGGAAUAUUAAGACUGUUACCUUUCAGUAAGCCAAAUCAUAUUUUCAUCUAACUCUUGUAGAUGGGUGCUAAAACUGGAUGACAUUUUUACCACUAAAAUAUAAAAACCAGUGGUGCUGUUAUGUCUCAUGGCACCAGAAAUCAGCUAGCACUUUGUUUUUUGGGUUUUUUUUGAGAGUUUUGUGUUGAUUACAUACAUACUUGAAUUAAUAUUACAAAAAUUAUGUAAGGCUGAUUGAGCUAUUUGACAGUAACUACCAUCAAGUAUGGCACUUUCUUGAUGUUUUAAUACAAGGAAAACUUUUUUGAAACUGUGAAAAAACUCCAUGUGGUAACUGGCUACUACUGAGAAGCCCCUCCACAAAAGAAAAUUGAAUAGGAUGGUCACCAACAAGGCAUCUUGGCCUUGUGUUUUGCUUAAUGUUGCUUGUCUAGGAGAAAGGAGGUUAUGUAAAUAAAAAAGUAAACUAGAGCAAAUAUAAUGACUUCAUGGUUUUCAUUGUUGCAUUUUUAAAAUGGUUAAUUAGCACAUUUUUAGUUGUUAGGAAGUGUAAGGUGGUAUUGCUAUUGAUUAACUGUGAGAAAAAGCUUAUGUUCUGUUUUCACCACUAUCUCCUCUACAGAAAAACAGGCAAAUUAUACUAAAGCAUUACAAGUAGCUCCCCAGUGAGCAGUUUGUCUCGCUUGUGGGCUGGACUAAGUGCGAAAGGUAACAUGAGAGCCAAGUUAGUUUUUUCUACCUUGAGAACAAAAGUAUCCUCUACUUUUUAGUUAGUAUCUUGAAUGGCCAGAUUCAGAUCUGUAAGUGGUGCAAAUAGUUUGUGUGAUUUGGGGUAUUUUAUUUGACAGUCUCCAGUCUCUCUCAGUUAUCCUUUGCUGGGUGAAUGAACAGUUUUCAGUCGUACAGGAGGGUUUUAGCAUAGGAAAUGUGGUCCUAGCCCUCGGAGGGAGGUUACUAGGUUCACUUAGUAAGUGGGGCUUCUGGCCACAGGUGUGUCAAGUGAUUCAGGGGUAUACCCAGGUGUCGAGUGGAACUUACUUUCCUUUGACUGAUUUUGCUCUGUAUGAAAAAUAUUGUCAUAAUUCUUUUUAAAAGGUAAAUUUUACCUUGGGCUAUUACUGUGUAUGUAAUUUUGUGAAGAUUGAGCUAGCACCGAGGAUCAUAAUCCUUGAAUUCCUGAAACUACAGCGGGUCCUAAAUGUUUUCUUUUAAAAAAUCUAUUUCAGUAUUUGAUCUUUGCUAAAUUAUGCACAGUGUACUUUAUUUUACAGAAUAAAUUUUACUAUGAUAGUCACAA